AUGGGGCACCUUCUUUGGCAGGUGCGAGUGCAUGAACGCAAGCGUUCGGGUUUCCGGCAUCUUCUGUCGGUAAAAGGGGUACCGAGAACGGAGAAGAAAGAGGAAGCUGAGAUGGGUAAUCCCUUGAGGUCCUUUCUCCUCCUCUUCCUCAUCUUGCUGUCGUCACCAGUCUUUUUCCUCAUCUCCUGUGAAUCCGUACCCGUCGAUCCGCGCCCGCGGGCGUUCCCUUCCUUCAAGAUCCAAGAGAUCAAGGAGGAGAUCGGGUGGGGAUGUUCCUACACUGUGAAGAUAAAGACCAGUUGUUCUUCCAGGCGCUUCACUACUGAUCGGAUCAGCCUCGCUUUCGGUGAUGCUUACCACAACGAGGUAUAUGCACCAAGGCUGGAUGAUCCAUCAUCGGGUGCAUUCGAACGUUGCUCCACCGAUACUUUCAAGAUCCAAGGGCCAUGUGGGUAUGGAAUAUGCUAUCUAUAAUUGCGGCGGGAUGGAUGGGAUGGGUGGACACCAGAGUGGGUCCAGGUCAAUGAGCCCCAUGUUAGCCGUGCCAUCAGCUUCUACUACGGUACCCGUCUCCCUAAUGGCAUCUGGUAUGGCUUCAACCAUUGUCCCAGAUCAUCCUCCUCCAUCGGCGUUGCGGAGAUCUGAUUAUGAGAAAGUGAGAUUUAGUAAAUAAAUAAAGGAGAGCAGUAUAUGUAUUACUAGGACUGCAUGUACUCUACGAGGCUGGGAUCUUUGUGUUGAUCUUAGUCAUUACCAGCAUUAUUACCGAGAGCAGCUUCAUGAUAUAUAUGUUUGUCUUGAAACACUUGGAGAUUGUUGGAAUAUCAAUUGAGUCAUCAAUUAAAUAACAAGCUUGUAUUGAGCAUUGUAGCAUCAUUUCACUGGAUGCCUAAACUGUUCAGCUUCAGGAAGAAAACCAAAUUGCCAUGCUGUGUCAGCAA